GAGCCUUUAAAAAAGGCAUAGCGAUAAACUCUGAAAAGCAUUUAUAAUUUGACAGGGAAAGAAAAAACAGAAUAAUCAUUUGCUUUGCAACAAAGCUAAAAAAAAAAAGAAGCAAAUUGGGAGCUCUCCUCAUCCACAUUUUCUCUCCCCCAAGAAAUCAACUCAAAGGAAAAGGUAAAAUCCAGAAUCAUCGUCUUGUUUGAUCAUAGGUGAGAGAUCUUCUCAGCUUGUAAAACAGAGUCCCGAUUGUCAUAUAUCUAGGCAGAGAAGCUGAUUCAUCGUCCUAGGUUUCGCCAACAACAACAGCCGCCGCCGCCGCCUCAAAAAGUGUUUCUGUGAUUGCAUAGCUCGAUGGCGGGAUUAGAUAAACACGCAGAGAAGACGAAACCGUCCUCCUCCUCCUCCUUCUUCUUCAACAGAUCGCUCACAAUCCACGGCCACAGACCAACCGAUUCAACCCCCAAAUCUCACAGUACCCUGAACCCUUCCCUGAACCGAACCACCUCCAUAACCAAAUUCUACAACCCCGUCGUCGAAACCUCCUCUCUCAAAGGCAAAGUCAAGAACCUCUGCAGACUAUUCGAAGUCUCCAAAUCCUCCCCCAAACCUACCUCAACGCCACCACCCGAGAAGCAGCAGAAACCAAGCAAAUCGGUUUUAUCCGAAUCGCGGUUAUCCCCGUUCCUCAGCCUAAACAACUCCGUGAUCCGUCUCCCGGGGACGGAGGACAGGAUCGUGGUGUACUUCACCAGCCUGAGAGGGAUCAGGCGGACGUACGAGGAUUGCUACUCCGUGAGGAUGAUCUUCAGAGGGUUUAGGGUUUGGAUCGACGAGCGGGACGUCUCAAUGGACGCUGCUUACAAGAAGGAGCUUCAGAUCGCCAUGGGGGAGAGGAAGAGGAGCGUGUCGCUGCCUCAGGUUUUCAUCAUGGGGAAGCAUGUCGGUGGUGCUGACGUGGUCAAGAGUUUGUUUGAGAUUGGUGAGCUGGCGAAGAUACUUAAGCUGUUCCCCGUGAGGGAGCCGGGGUUUGUGUGUCGUUGCUGUGGGGACGCUAGGUUUAUUCCGUGUUCGAAUUGUAGUGGGAGUAAGAAGCUGUAUGAUGAGGAUGAAGAUAGGCACAAGAGGUGUCCUGAGUGUAAUGAGAAUGGGUUGAUACGUUGUCCUGAUUGCUCUUCUUAAGAGAGAGAUUUAAAUCAAGAAACCUCAAUAAGAGAUAGGUAUUUGGUUUCUCUAUUGAUGAUUUCAGUUUGUUGUCUUUGAACAGAAGUGAUUGAUGAUGCUGCUUCUUAAAGUAUCCGAAAAUCUCUUUAGGAUCAGCAGUAACAUCUCGCUUUCGGUUUUUUAAGGUUUGUUGUGAUCAUCGCGGGAGUGCUGAUGAUCAAUAUGAUUUAGAUAUAAUGUAAGGGCUAAUGUAAUUUAUGUAAAGUCGAAAUGGCUGAAACGGGUAGUAAGCGUUUUGACUCUAUUGUGUGUCAAUGUUGUGAAUGACAAACUCUGUUGUUAUGCUAUGUAUUUGAUUGUAAAUACACUUAGUGUGUUUAUUGGGUA